AUGACUGUGAUCAUCUCCGGCAUCCUCAGUAUCCUGAUCUUGUCAGUCAUGCAAAUAUACAAACCGUAUCUAGCGGCGCACAAGUUAGGAACUUUGUUGGGAGGAUUCGUCGGUUCCUUGUUGUUCAUUUUGUCUCUAACUUGCUUUGGAAACCUUGAAAUGGUCCUUCUCGGUGAUAAUUAUCAAGCCGGCUUCUUACCCGAGGUUGCCUUCUGUUUGCUAGGAUCAACUUUUGCCUCCGGUUUAAUCCACCGAGUGUGUGCGACGACGUGCUUCAUUUUCUCGUGCAUUGCGCUGUAUUAUGUGAACAAAGUUUCUCAUGACUCAUAUGGAAUUCCGAGCACAGGAACUGCAGGUCUCAAGUUGUCGAAGAAAAAGAAGCAGCGAAAUAAUGCUAUCAAGUCUGGUAAAAAUAUGAACGCUAUGCGAAUAGGUCGCUCGGUUUUGCGGCAUCGAUUGAUGCUCGCGAGCAAUCCUAGGUUUCUAGCAAGAACUGAACAUCAGGCAGCGCUGUCUAAAUUUCGGGUUUGUACCGUUCGUCGUGAAACUUUCGUGCCAGUUAGGCUGUACUGCAGCCAGCGUGAUCCACCGGAGUCAGGUGAUGGAGACGCACCUGCUCCGUACGACGAAACGCCGCCAACAUCAAUUCAUGCCCUCCCAGCAACGCAAACUGUUCCGGAUGUUUGGCCCGUAGUACCCGUAAUCGCGAUUAACAGGAAUCCGGUAUUCCCAAGAUUUAUUAAGAUCUUGGAGAUAUCUGACAAGUCUCUCAUGGAGAUAAUUCGGAGGAAGGUGAAGUUGAAUCAACCGUACGCGGGGAUUUUUAUGAAGCGAGAUGAAAAUAACGAUCAAGAAGUCGUUAAAAAUCUUUCGGAGUUAUACGAAAUCGGAUCAUUCGUUCAAAUCCAUGAAAUGCAAGAUAUGGGAGACAAAUUGAGGAUGAUCGUAAUGGCUCACCGACGCAUUAGGAUAACCGAUCAAGUACUGGAAGAUGCAAUGCCAGAGGGAACAACGGAAUUGAAGCUACGUUUUUAUCCUUCUGGCCUCGGUCGAGCUACUCAACAGCAUUCCUUCCUCGUUGAAGAUUCGGGAAAAAAUCAGCAAACUAAACCAGGGUUGAGGCAUGCAAGACGAUCGAGAACGAAGCGCGUUACGUCAGAAUCAACAGCAGUCACUAACAACUCUGAUAUCCCUGCAGCUGAUGGAACUGCAUCAAAUUUGCUUCCCGAUGGUGUUCUCAUGGUCAACACCGAAAACGUUCAACACGAACCUUUCAAGUUUACGGAAGAAGUCAAAGCUCUAACACAAGAAGUCAUCAAGACCAUCCGCGAUAUUAUUGCCUUGAAUCCGCUGUAUCGUGAGAGUAUUCAACAAAUGUUGCAUGGUGGUCAACGUAUAGUCGACAAUCCGGUCUACCUUUCGGAUUUGGGCGCGGCAUUGACCGGAGCAGAACCGCGGGAACUUCAAAGCGUCUUGGAAGAACAGAAAAUUCCAGAACGAUUGAUGUUGGCCUUGUCGUUGCUCAAGAAAGAGUAUGAGCUUAGCAAGCUCCAACAAAAGAUCGGCAAAGAAGUGGAGGAGAAAGUGAAGCAGCAGCACCGUAAAUACAUGCUUCAUGAACAGCUCAAGGUCAUCAAAAAAGAACUAGGUUUGGAGAAAGAUGACAAAGAUGCAAUUGAGGAAAAAUUUCGUCAGCGCUUGAAUGAAAAGAAAGUGCCGCAGGCUGUGAUGGAUGUCAUAAAUGAGGAACUUAGUAAAUUAAGUUUUCUUGAGGGACAUUCUUCGGAAUUCAACGUGACGAGGAAUUACCUUGACUGGUUGACGUGCCUUCCUUGGGGAACAUUGGGCGAAGAGAACUUGGAUUUGGAACGUGCGCGUGUCAUCUUAGAGGAAGAUCAUUACGGGAUGGAAGAAGUCAAAAAGCGCAUUUUGGAAUUUAUCGCUGUUAGCAACUUGAAGGGAAGCACGCACGGAAAGAUUCUCUGUUUCUACGGUCCCCCAGGAGUAGGAAAAACAUCUAUAGCACGCUCAAUCGCCAGAGCUUUGAAUAGAGAGUAUUUCCGGUUUUCCGUCGGUGGUAUGACUGAUGUGGCUGAGAUCAAGGGUCACCGGAGGACGUACGUCGGUGCUAUGCCUGGAAAGAUCAUCCAAUGUUUGAAGAAAACCAAGACAGAAAAUCCAUUAGUUUUGAUCGAUGAAGUGGACAAAAUCGGAAGAGGUUAUCAAGGGGAUCCCUCCUCCGCAUUGCUAGAAUUGCUAGAUCCGGAACAAAAUGCCAACUUCUUGGAUCAUUACUUGGACGUUCCUGUUGAUCUUUCGAAUGUUCUGUUUAUUUGUACUGCCAACGUGACAGACACCAUCCCAGAACCCCUGCGUGACCGUAUGGAAAUGAUCGACGUGUCAGGCUAUGUUUCCCAGGAAAAGCUCGCCAUAGCCCAGAAGUACCUUAUACCGCAGGCGAUGAAAAUGACUGGCGUUGAUGAAACGAAAAUUCAUAUUUCUCAAACAUCCCUCGAAACUCUGAUUAAGUCGUAUGCCAGGGAAAGUGGCGUUCGAAACCUUCAGAAGUUGAUAGAGAAGAUCCUGCGGAAAGGUGCUUACAAAUUAGUAAUGAAGGAGUGCGAAACGUUGCAGGUGGACGAUUCCAAUCUGCAAGAUUUGGUUGGGAAGCCAGUUUUCACUCAUGAUCGAAUGUACGAACAAACCCCUCCAGGAGUUGUCAUGGGUUUGGCUUGGACAGCCAUGGGCGGCUCGGUGUUAUACAUUGAAUCUUGCUUGAAACGCGCUUUGAGCGACAAGGCCACUGACGGUAAACCUGUAAUGGGUUCGUUAGAAGUUACUGGCAGACUCGGAGAUGUUAUGAAGGAAUCUGUUCAAAUUGCGUACACAUAUGCACGUGCUCUGAUCUCUUCUGUCGAUCCGUUGAAUCACGUUCUUCAAGAUGGGCAUGUGCACGUUCACGUUCCAGAGGGAGCAACACCCAAGGAUGGCCCAAGUGCGGGAUGCACAAUAGUCACCGCUUUGCUGUCGCUUGCUUUUGGACAGCCCGUUGCCCAAAACUUGGCCAUGACUGGAGAAAUUUCGUUGACAGGGAAAGUUCUACCUGUUGGUGGGAUCAAGGAGAAGAUUAUAGCGGCCCAAAGAGUUGGUGUGACCUAUGUUAUCCUCCCUGCGGAUAACAAAAAGGACUUCAGCGAUCUCCCGGCAUUCAUUCGGGAAGGGGUGACAGUGCAUUUUGCCGAGCAUUACCGAGACAUUUAUGACGCCGUUUUCAAGUCUCAGGAGUGUAAGGAGAAAGUGAGAACCUUUAGCUGAUCCAGUCGGAGUCAGUCUUGUGAUUCUGAGGGAAUUGCAGUGCGUGCGAUAGAUUUACGGUGUCUCUUGUUGCUUCUUUCACGUCUUUUGAGGAGCGAACUAUGACGAUGCCACGGUUUCGAAAUUCAUGUUUUCAUUGAAAA